ACAAUGGACAGACUUUGGAUUUUGUUACUGCUGACACUUGCCUUGGCAGAGUCUUCUAUUUAUCCAAGAGGACUAUUUAUUAACUUACACAAUGGGGAGCUGUGUCUUAAUAGCUUACAGUGCAAAAGCUGCUGCUGUCACCGAACCAAAGGAUUAGGUCUCGCUCGCUGUGCAGACAAGGCAGCUGAAAACCAAGAAUGUUCCCUAAAGAGUCUAUAUGGAGUUUACUACAAGUGCCCUUGUGAGAGAGGCUUAAUCUGUGAUGCUGACCGGACCAUUGUGGGAAGUAUUGUCAAUUCUGACUUUGGCAUUUGCAAGGACCCAUCAAAUAAAAUCAGCAAUGAAAAAGAAGAAAGAAAGAAGCAUGGUGACUAGAUUUACCCUGGAUUCUUUAAGUAGCCACAUAGUUUUUAUUACUUUCCUUGCAAAACAAAUUCCUAUGCUUUUACGUACUGCUCCAAUAAGCAUGCCCUUUGUUCAUAUAGAUUUCAGUUAGAUUCAAACAUUUUUCUGAUCCACUCUACUGAAAAUAAGGCCUUGCCAUAUAUUUUUGGUAUGAUAUCAGCAAGUAGUAAUAUCCGGCUCACCUUACUUAGACUUGGAACCAAAUACAGGAUGGAGCAACCAGUGAUUGGAGGACAAAUCAUUAGGUCAAAAUGCCAUGGCUGUAGCCUAGACUGGGAAGCUGAAACAACAUCCUGACAAAGUAUUUGCAUCAAUAGGUGUGAAGAUUCUGGCACAUCUUCAAAAUGUAUGUAAAAACCUGUUACUCCUAGGAAGAAACUCGCAUGAAAUUACAGAUCACACAAGAAACAUCAUAACUGACAAAGUUCAAAAGUAUCAGUAAAGCAAAGUUCAAAAGUAUCAGUAAAAUCUCUUCCAACCAAACCGGCCUCUUGGUCAUUUCAUUGACAGCUCUAUAUAAGUUUCUUUGUAGCAAUAUGAAUAGGGUUCCUAUUGCCUUCUUUGGGCUAUUUUUUUCCAACUACCCAGUCUAAUUGGCAGUCUUAAUAUGAUCUACAAGAGUAGCAACUGUGUUUAGCUUCCAAGACCAGACAGGUUCUCCAAGACACUGCCAUGUCAAACAUGCAGGACUAAAUUAAAUGAUUAUCACAAACCAGUAUUUGCUGUCCGUCCUACUGGUAUUUUACUGUUUAUAUUGGUAUUAUCUCUUUCCUAUAUUCUUUUAAAAAUACAUAACGAAAAAUGAAAAUAAUAAUAUGGACCAGCAACUGUUUACCGCAAAUUGUCCCUUUGACCAAGCCUAUCAUUUUACUCUUUAUAAUGUUUCAUGCCUUUACAUUUCAUUGUUUUAGCUGUUUGAUCAUGCUUCUCUCUGCUUUGCUACUGCUCUAAUUUGUCUUCCAGCCAGGGUUUUUUUCCCCCCAGGAAAAAUGUUACUAGAUUUAGGAAUAUUCAAAGGUUGUGCAUCAAAAAAGUAAGGAAGUGUUUAGAAGAAAUUGGCAACCCAUUUGGACAGUUAAUAAAAUGUAUAUAAUACAAUACUGACGGGGCCUGAUUUUUGAUAACUCUAUGCGCCUAUCUGCCUGCCUGCCUACCUGCCUCUCUCCCUCUCUACCUACUGCAAUAUGUCCUAGUCUGAAUCAUUUGAAAGCUGCCAUUCUGAGAAGUUCUGUCUUUUGGAAAUGACUUCUGGAUGAGAGUUAAUAAAAA